CGCAGGGGACAUGAAAAAGCUGAUAACUAGUUAAGAAGGCAGUUUGUAACUCUGGAAAAAGAGUGCAGAGCUUGAGACACGUAUUACGCGUAAGACGUGGACGAACCGGCGCAAACACAGAGAACUGAGCAGUCUUGGCAGUGUGGGGCUGUGAGACACUGCAACGUCCGGACACAAAGUCACUUGAAAUAAAGGACAAUGGUGCAGCACACAGAUAACAGCGAGACAGACGGGAGCAUGUCCAGGGAGGCUACCGAUUCGGAGGAGAGUGAGUUUAUGGCAUGCAGCCCGGUGGCGAUAAACCCGGACUGGUGCAAGACAGCCACCGGUCACAUCAAGAGACCCAUGAAUGCAUUUAUGGUCUGGUCCAAAAUCGAGAGGAGAAAGAUCAUGGAGCAGUCUCCGGACAUGCACAACGCGGAGAUUUCCAAGCGCCUGGGGAAGAGAUGGAAGAUGCUAAAGGACAGUGAAAAGAUCCCGUUUAUCAGAGAAGCCGAGAGGCUCCGGCUAAAACACAUGGCUGAUUACCCCGACUACAAGUACAGACCCAAGAAAAAACCAAAACUCGACAGUUCCAAAUCAUCAGCACCGUCUCCGGAGAAGUGCGGGAAAAUUGCAAAGACUCCCAGCAAGAAGUGCUCAAAGAUAAAAACUAAGAGCGGCUCCAAGUCGUCUCAGGGCUAUGGGGAGGACUGUGUGUUUCCGAGCUUAAAAGUUUCAAAGACUGUGAAAAGUGAGCUCACCGAUGAUGACGAUGACGAAGAGUACGAAGAGGACUACCGGAUGGGGAUUAAGCCGGGGGACGAGGAGCGCCUGAGGCCGUACAAUGUAGCCAAAGUUCCUGCGAGCCCAACUUUGAGCUCCUCGGCUGAAUCUGAGGGGACGAGCAUGUACGAAGAAGUUCGGAACAACAGCAAACUGUUUUACAAUAUCAAAAACAUUGCCAAGCAGAGCACAUUGCACGCUGCUUCCGUCUCACCAGCAUCCUCCAGGUCAGUCUCCACAUCCUCCUCAUCCAGCAGCAGCUCCUCUUCCGGCGACGACGCGGACGAUUUGCUGUUUGACUUUAGUUUAAAUUUCGCCCCGAGCGCCCAAGGCUCGGAGAUGGGCAACCCCAAUUCAGGAAACCUCUCCCUGUCUCUUGUGGAUAAGGACUUGGACUCUUUUAGCGAGGGCAGCCUGGGCUCUCACUUUGAAUUCCCAGACUAUUGCACGCCAGAGCUCAGUGAGAUGAUUGCCGGGGACUGGCUGGAGGCGAACUUUUCUGACCUGGUCUUCACAUACUGAAUUUAAAAAAAAAUUUAAAAGUUCCUCUAGUAAUAAGAGAAAAGGGAGAAAUGAAAUUAUAUGUGUCCUGGUCAAGUUGUCCCUAGCCCUGACUGUGUCUCUUGUGGGUUUUCUGAAGGGUCCUGGUGGGAGAUGGAGGACCAGGAGGCGAGGUGAGGUUUGAGGAAUGAGAUGCUUAUGAAGCUGGUAGCAAAAAAAAAA